CCGCCUUGAGGCUUUCCCGACAGUGUCAGUCAAGCACACACUCCCAGUUCGCAGGGCUUCGUGGUCAAGGUUCCCCGUUCACCUGUCUGGAGGGCGAGGUGUGUCCACCCCUUCCAGCACCUGGGCAACCAGCUCCCCUUGCGGUUCUCUUCCACUGCCUUCCCUUCGCCCUGAUUUUCCAUUCCUUGUGAGUGGUGGUUUUGGUUGGGGGGAGGGGACGGGGAAGGGGCCUGGCGAGGAGGGGCGUCAGAGCGCUGUCACAGGGUGUCGCGCCGCCCUCCCCGCCCCUCCACCGGGCGUGUGGGGACGCCGGAGGGCGGGAGUCUCCGCGAGCCGCGCGGCGCACGGAGCACUGCGGCCGCCUGAGUUCGGCGCUGAGCCCGGAGCCCGCAGCCGGCCGUUUCCUGCUCCCGUGCGCUGGGCGCCAGCCCCGGCCGUGCUGCCCUGCUGCUUGAGAGCACACCCGACUAUGGAGCCCUCGCACAAAGACGCCGAGACGGCGGCGGCGGCGGCAGCGGUGGCGGCGGCGGACCCCCGGGGGGCGUCCUCGUCCAGCGGAGUAGUGGUGCAGGUCCGCGAGAAGAAGGGCCCCCUGCGCGCCGCCAUCCCCUACAUGCCCUUCCCCGUAGCCGUCAUCUGCCUCUUCCUCAACACUUUCGUGCCGGGACUGGGGACAUUCGUCUCGGCCUUCACUGUGCUGUGCGGGGCCCGCACCGACCUCCCGGACAGGCAUGUGUGCUGCGUCUUCUGGCUGAACAUUGCAGCAGCCCUCAUCCAAAUCCUCACGGCCAUCGUCAUGGUGGGCUGGAUCAUGAGCAUCUUCUGGGGCAUGGACAUGGUCAUCCUUGCCAUUUCCCAAGGCUACAAGGAGCAGGGCAUCCCACAGCAGCUGUGAGCCCACGGGAGCCGCUGGGGAGAUCCAGGGGGGCCCUGUGAGGGCUGCACCAGGCAGCUUUGGGCACAAGGACCUUUACAUGUUCUCUUCUGCCAUUUUCUGGACUGGGGGUGGAAAGGGGGUAUUUUUAAAAAUAUUAUUUAUUUUGAAAACGCAUCUGCUUUUCUCAGCAGGUUGUGAGGCCUGCCAGCCCCUCCCGCUCCGGAAAGCACUGUGGGCGCAGGCACCAGAGCAUCAGAGAGCGGGGUGGAGAUGAGAACGCCCACAGAGAGGCUGGGAUGCUCCAGCAGGCUCCAACCGGCCUUGCUGUACCCACUGCCCACUGCAAGGGCACGCCACAGCAGCUGGGCCGGGCCACACCAGGCCCUGUCUGGGUGAGCAGGGGCUCACCAAGGGGACAGGACCGUGGUAGACCCGUCCUCUGGGACCCCACCCGCCUCAAAAUCUGGUGCCCUCAAAUCUGAGUGUUUACCGUGUGGUCUCCUGGGGGCAGCACCAGGGUGGGGGUAAGGAUGGCCAGGCUCCACUCUAGCGUGGAAAGGCCCACUGUGCCCAGAGCCGGCCUGAGACCAGUCCCACAGGCGUCUCCUGGGCCUGCCUCUCUGACAGCACCCCUGCCUCCUCACAGCUGAAAUCUAAGGGCUGGGUGUGUCGUGACCUGUGUUUUCCUGGGAAGGAGAGGCGUGGCUCCUUCCCUGGGGUGAAACUGCCAGAACUGCCAGAUGUUUAUAUACAAAAUUAUUAGACCGAAGCAGGAGUGGGCAGACUAGCAGUCUUUCGCCCAAUACUUAAAAGCAUUUCUGGCCCACAUUCCUUUUUCUGAAGUCAUUGGGGCCAGAUGUGUCUCUCAAUUGAGAAAUUUUAGAUUUGAGAAAGACAAUACGAUCCAUUUAUCGUACGCUUUCUAACUUCCCGGCAGAGUGUGGAACAUCCCGCCUACCAUCAGGCACGUGAAUAUUUCUGCGGAGAAACAUGUGACUAGUCCCAUCAAUUGGGAUCUAUACAAACUGUAAAUAGCCUCACCUCAGUUCAGUCUAAUUUUGCCACUAAGUAACUUAGGGAAAAACUUACCAUUUGAGAGCUUUUGGGGUUUCAGAAUUGCAAGAACAGUUGUAUGAGGUUGUGGACCUGGAUCUGCAAACAGAUGCGUUAGGAGGGUGAAAUUGUCGGCAUUACACAGGGACUCCUUCGGUUGCCAAGGGACCACAGGCCUCUUUAAGGAGCCCCUCUGUAAGUGAUUGGGACAGGGCUAGAUCCCUAAUGGGGCCGGGAGUGGGGAGAAUCUAGCAGAAGUUGUCCAGACUACUGUGGAUCAAGUCUCAAUCAAGAGAAAUCAUAUUAAGAGGAUGGACACUUACAUAUCUGUUUCCUUUCCUUUCCUUUUCAUUCUAACAUAGGAAAUGCUAACAGGUGGAGCUGGCCCAAAGUCAAGCUUCUGACUCCACUUGACACAGUGCCAUUGGGCGUGUCCCUCUUUGAAGGGCUUGUUUGUCUCUCAGAGACUCUGUCAGAACUCCCUGAGGGCGGGAGAAGGGAUUUUGCUAGAUCAAAGUGCUUGGGAAGCAGUGGCCACCAUUCUGGGGGUUUCAGCCCACCUAACCCAUCCACUGGGCUUUCUAAUCACAGUCCUGCCUGAGGAGCGGGCCCUGCCACCCACCCCUCAGCAUGGAUCCCUUAGCUACUAUCCGUCUUCCAUUGCCACCUGGGGCUGGGCUGCUGUUUUUGAACACCUGGCAGUGUCUGUCGUGUCCUGUCCUCUCUUCUUACAGACCCCAACCCAGGCCUUUGCCUUCUUCUCUCCUGUUUGGAAGCCUCUGUGUCUUCAAGGUGUGGGAUCAGAUGUGGUUUUCUCUAAAAAGCUAGAACCUUCUGCUGUGUGCAGCGGGCAUCCUCCAGGCUGGUGCUCGCUGCUCUUGAGGAAGCUGUGUCAGAACGGAGCCGCCCCUCUACUCAGAUAAAAUAGCUUCAGCUGCAGGAAGCCGCCCCCUCCCAUGUCCACCAGCCCACAGCCCUUCACCCCACACCGCCCCCAGAGUUUGCCCGACACCCCCUGAGUGAUGACAGGUCUCAGGAGGGGCCGCCCCCACACAUGGGAAGGAGCAGCUUAUUUUCCCGGCUUGGGCUGGGGGCGGCUGCUGAGGGGGUGAAGAAGAGAUAGCAAUUUAUGUCGCAUGUUUAGUGACACAAUCCAGACGCAGGUGGGACUUUCUUGAGUGGCAGGUGUCACCCUGGGUCCCGUGUGGGAUGGCUUAAUACAAGGGUUUGUUUGUGUGCGUGGAGGGCCAUUGUGCCCCCAGAUCCUCCUGUCCCCUGAGGGCUGUGUCUCUAAACCUGGGAACACAUCAGCCUCAGGAGGAGGCCCCUUUCCGCAUAACUGAUGUGUAGGAGAAGCCAAGAGGCCCCUGCCUGUCUCCUGAAUGAAGCUGUGAGGGUUGCCACGUGGGCGGGACCAGUUCAGAAUAGCGCCCCCGCCCCUCUAAAUUAGACUGUGGUCUCCAGCAUGAUCAUCUUCAGUAGGUAAGGGACAGUGGCUGAUUUACUCCAAGUAGUUCCAGCUGGCCACUCAGACCAGGGCCAGAGUUAACUUCUCAAGCACCAGCCAGCUGAAAAUUAGGGUUCUCAUGCCAGCAAGUGCUUGGUUGACACACAGUCCUUUGGUGACAAAGUUGGGCUUUGCCUGGAUAGUGCAGACAAGGCUGCUGGUUCAGAAGCUGCAGGGCACAUUCCAGGUUGGGGCCUUUUGUCCGUUGGAAUUCAAUAGGACGCUCCCUGGCUGUGGGUGUUUAGGGCAGGAAUCACAGGCCUGCAGAGAACAUCAGAGGCAAUGAGAUGCUCCCAGUACCCAACUGUGACACGGGGAUCAGGGUGGCCAUUCCCUUGGGUCAGAGUGGGAACCUAAAGCCAGAGUGAGCUGUGGGUAGCCUGGGUGUGUCCUGCGGAUGGUGGAGACUGUUGAUUUGGAUGUUAAGCUCUGAGUCAGUUUUAGAACCAAGGACCUCAGGCUGAGAAGGCCAGGUCCCCAUGGGAGUGGCAGGAUUCUGAUGGCUCCUGGCUGUGGUCCCGGCCCCCGGCCCACGCCUAACGCUGGGGUUGCAGAGCUCUGCUGCCAGCGCCCACUCCAGCCGGCCACGCCACUGGCCCUGCUAUGGUAAGGAAGGGGCAGGCAGCAUGGUUCCCACCCUCAGUUGCCCCAGACCCACACAUCCAGCCCCAAGAGCAGCCUCACCCAGGCACGGUGCAGGGCAUUUUAGCUUCUGGGAGGGGAGAUGCCUUUGUGAGUUUCACAUGUCAGAGCAGAAGCUCCAGGAGAGAAUAAGUCGUGUGCCCCAAAACACUCGGCUCCUAAGUGGCAGGACGGGCAAGUGGCCAGGUUGGGCCGCCCUCACAGCCUGUGCCAUCCACACACUCGUUACAGCACUCCCAGAAGAAGGAGCAGAAUUGCAGGCAGCCCAGAGCAGUCCUGUGGAGGGGUCCUUGCCCCUCAGGAGUGAUAGGGUGAUUAUGUCACAUGUUUAGUGACAUAAUCCCACCUGCAUCUGGAUUGUGUCACUAAACAUGCGACGUAAAUUACCAUCUCUUCUCCAUCCCCUCAGCAGCCGCCCCUACCCCAAGCCAGGAAAAUAAGCUUCUCCCUCCCAUCUGUGGGGGCGGCCCCCUCCUGAGACCUGUCAUCACUCAGGGGGAGUUGGGCAAAACCUCCUGGGAAGGUCUCCACCCUGCCCCACAAGGCUCCAUACUCCCACCUGCCUGGGCAGCCCUCACACCCAUGCUCCCUCCUUUAGGCAGGCCCAGAAGGGUGCCGCUUCCUGAGGGUGUCGGGGAAUGGUGGCAGAGAGAGAGCUGGUAGUAGGAGCUUCCCCAUCCUAAUGCGGAGGGGCAAGUUGCCCACUCUCCCAGCCCGGGGCUCCAGCCAUGCUGGCACAGGCAUCUCAGAGGUGUGAGAUGAACUCCGCCUCAUGCAGGACGCUCAGGGCUUGGGAGCAGUAAGGAGGAUGCUGCAAAAAGGAACUGCAGAAAGAAAAAAAAGCCGCAUGGUUAACUUUUCCCCAGGAGGGCAAAGGGGCCCGGCUCUCAAAAAGAAAAGCCAGGCACAGACCCCAACACCAAGUGCAAGGCAGCGCAAAGCGGGGCUGAAACCUCAGGACCGGGGUCAAAGGCUUUCCGAAGGCCCGAGGUCCUUGAGGAGGAGGGGAAGCUAAGAGGGCCUUGGUCCUUCUGCACCAGUGUGGCUCUUUAAAAUACAAAACACCCCUGAAGCCAAAAACCCUGAAACCUGUUCUUUAGCUAACCCCUUCCCUGCCCAGAGGCCUGCAAUUCCGAGAAUUCACUUCAGUUUUGCCAGGAUCCAACCCCUGGGCCUGAGGGUGGAGAGCCCGGCCUCCUCAGAGUCCCUUCUAGGCUCCUGCGCCCACUUUAGGUUUUAAUUGCAUUGGCUGUUUCUUAUGGUGUUAGUGAAUUUUGCAAAGAAAGCCCAGAGCAUUGCACAAAUGUUUGGGGUCAGUGUCAUUUAAAUGGAAGUUCCCCAAUAGUGGCUGAAAGCAGAGUUUACUGUUAUUCCUCCCUCUUGCUGGCUUUGUUGGAGAGUUUUUACUGGAGGGAUUGGAAGUGGGAGAGCACUUUUAAAGUGCACCCCACCCCCUGCACCCCAGCUGCACCUAAGCUCCCCAGAGACCAUGACCUUGUAUGUGGCUGGAGGCCUCCGGCUUAGGGUGCAGCCUGAGGCCUUUGCUGCCAACCCUCCCAGGAAAGAAGCCGGGCCUCAGGCUGAAGAAAUACAGGGUUUCCUCUCCAGAGGGUUCAGUGAGCACUCAGGUAGUGGCCUCGGGCAGUCCUUACCAGGGGAACACCUCUAUGCUUUGCAUUAAUUCGUCAGCAAGCGCUCAGUGAGAGCUAAAGUGGGCCUGGUGGUCCUGUGCUUGGAAAGGAUGCCCUCACCUCCACAAUCCUGCCGUCCCAGCCUCCACAGGUGAAGCUGCAAGGUGAGCAGAGGCAGGUGUGGGGACGUACUCUUCCAGGACAGGACUGCCCCUUCUGCCUCCAGAGACCUCUGUGCACUGGGUUUAGGGAUGAGAUGCCAGCCUAGUCAGGGGAGGUGACUGUGGUCCUUCUGACUGGCUUGGAUCUUUAAAAUAAUCACAAAAAAGCUCAGCCUGAGCAGAUGGGUGUGAGGCUCAGGGGCUUGUGGUUUUCAUCAGUUUUCUUCCCGCAAGAUUCUUAGAGCUGGAUGUUCACGGGAUCAUGGGGGCAUGGAAAUGGUCACGCUCAGACAGUCAUGCACCGGCCCUAAAUCCCAGGCCAUGCAGAGAAAGGAAGAAUCCCAACCAGAGUGACCCCAAAUGUCCCCUUGUGGCCCAGGAGUGAGUUCCGGCCUGAGUGCUAUUAUGACUGCUGGCGUCUCUCCAACUGCCUCUCGCCUCAGUUUACCCAUCUAUAGGUUAGGAACAAAGAAGGGCUCAGGCAGCCAUCGUUUCCCCAUUUCUGUCAGAGCCAAGGGCUUGGAGGGCCAACCCCAUCCGGGCAAGGGCUGUCCUCUCCUGCCCAGGCCUCGCCUUCUCGCUGAGGCUGGCAAGAUUCUAGCUGAACAGAAACACUGGCCCCCAAUUCCACUCUCCCCUCCUGAUGCUACCGCAGGGGGCAGAAAGGUGCCCUGUAGCGUCCACCGUGUGUGUGUCCUGAGUCUCCAGUGCAAGUCAUCUGGAUUUGCAUUUAGCGGGGAACCUCGGCCCCCAACCCUUCUCCCUCUCUGCCUGAAUUUGCCAAAAUGCCAACCAUCCAGGCAGGUGUGGAUGCCACAGUCCAUCCCCAUUGCAUUUCACCCCCACAUGGACAGAGGCAUACAUUCACACACAUUCCCAGCACCUUUGACUGCUGGGGGAAGCAGGCUGGGGUCUGCCUGGAGCCUCAGGAUUGGGACUUAUAUCCAAAGGAGCCCACACCCCCUCUUCCGGGAUAGGCGCUGGUUGGCAGCACUUUUUGCCUUCAUCACACCCCUGACCCCUGCCCAGACCACAUGCACACGCUGUUUCCUGUCUCCAGGACCCUGACCUGUGGAUCUCUUCCUCCCAUGCACUCCUAGGGUGAGUGGGCUCAGCACCAAACUUGGCUGUGCCCAUUCCCCACGACCCCAGCUUGGCCUCCUGUGGGAAGGGGAAGGUGGACCUGACCAGAGGAGAGGGGCAGUGUUCCCACCCACCUGCCCCAGCACAGGAACCAGGGAGGAAAGAAGGGGGAGGAAGGUUCCAUUCACUGUUUUCUGGGUUAGCACUUGAUUGGAUGUUUCAAGCAAGGGACAAAGUGAUGGUGGUUGUAUCAGGCUCCUCAUGGGCACCGUCACCCUGGAAGGCCUGGGCACCCAUGAGAACCUGUGGCCAGCCCUUUUCAUCGGCUAAGUUCCCUGCUGUUGUGUGUGGUGUCGUUUUUUUAAAAACAACAUAUAAAAAAACAAAAUAACUGGUUCUGUGUGUAUCAACUUAAUUUACAUACAAAUGAGUGUUGUGUUGUGAUUUGCAGUGUUUUGACACCGUGAUUGGCUUUGUUUGGGUCUCUCUUCUUUCUGUGAAAUUAAUUGCUGUGCGUUUUUACUGUUCUUAGAGAAGACUCUGAGCUCCUGGAGUUUUCUUGUCUCACUUCUACCCUGACCCGCUGGGAGCCUACCCCACCCCAGUCCAGCCAUGAGGGUAUUUCCAGCCUAUUCCAAUGACUGGAACCCUUCUUGGAAGAAAACGUCUAAUCUCGGGGACCUAGGGACGCUUCCAGACUUGCCCUGUCUGGAACCCUGCAGCCUGGGGCCCAAGCCCGCCUGCAGCUCAACUUUCCCCUGCACCCUCAGGACCUAGCCCCACAGACCUUCCCUGGGAGCUGCCCACUGCGCCCUCUAGGGGCCAAGCAGGGUUCCAGAUUCUCCAGCCUUCUGCCAGCUUUAAAACCCUUCACUCAAGCAGCAUUGCUGUACAUGCAAUGAAAAACACCAUAUAUGAUAGUCAAAACCUGUGUACAUAUCUCCAUGUACAUAUUUAUACAUACACACACCUUCCUAUUAUAAAUAUAUAAAGCAUGACAUCUCUUUGGCAUUCCAAGUUUGUGUUUUUUUAAAUCCUUGGAAAUACGACUUUGGAAACCUUUUUCUUCCUUUCCCUCUUUUCUAUGUUGUAAUAAACAUUCCUGUGACCUUUCUGGUAGUUUAUCAAAUCCCUGUGUCCUCCCGUGUUCCGAAUCGGACAGAUCUCUGACUGGGACAACACGCCUUCAUCCCACCUCUGCAGCCUUUGCUAUUGGUUUGCUUUGCGUUAUGAAGGCUGUCCUCCCCAAGGCAGGUCUUGCGUUCUUUCAGACCUUUUUCCCGAAUUCCCCUUCUUCCGAAAGGCUUGUGCAAGUUACUCUUCAAACAGUCUCAUCUUUGAUAAUCUGAUCCCUUUGCAACCAGGAAUUUGCGUGCUAAAUCAAGCAUCAGGCCCCAGAUUGGGUUUACCAAGAAUAAGUGUACAGAUGCAGCUCAUUUCCUGCUCUUAAUUGUUAGACUGGUUGAUGAGGGAAAUGUGGGCAACAUACAUAUUUGACAAAGACUUCUGAAUAAAUGAGAGUCUGGGU